AUAAAUCAUAACCUCCCAAAGAAGGAAGAGAGAGAAAAAAAGAGAGGAAGAGAAAUGUCGGACGUUUGCCAAAAUACUGCAGGAGAAGGGAUGAAGAGCUCAUGGCCUGAAUUGGUGGGGAGAAGAGGAGAAGAAGUCAAAGAGAUCAUCGAUAGAGAGAACACGAAAGUGACGGCCAAGAUUAUAUCUGAAAAUGCAGUUGUUUUGGCUGUUGUAAUUUGUGAUAGGGUUUAUGUUCGUGUCAAUGACCAAGGCAUUGUCACAAGAACCCCUAUUUCGUUGGCUAAUUUAAUUGUUAUAUAUAUAUAUAUAUAUAUAUAUAUAUGUGUGUGUGUGUGUGAAUCAAUUAUGGAUCUUAAUAUGUAACGUAUGUGUGAAAUAAGAUAUGCUUGUUUUAACUAUUAAGAAACGUGGCAUAUGCCUCGAUCGAUUUGUAUGUUUUUUUUCUAUAUAUAUGAUCAUAUUGUUAUAUAUGUUCUAUUUAAUUAAUGGAAUGAUCAAAUUAACUUUGAAGUCAACUUUUGAGCUGUUUUUAUAAAGUCAACUUUUGA